AUGAUGUCAACAGGAGAAAGGUCAACAACAUUAAUGUUAGCAACCACAAAAUCAUCAACAACAACAGCAGAACCAGAAUCAACAACAACAAUAACAACAACAACAACAACAACAGAAGAAGCAGAUUUAUCCGGCAAUUCGCCAUGGAGUAUAACAGGCACCGCUCUGGUCUCCUCAUUAACAAGACUGUCAUGCACACGUUUGUUCAUUGAUUCCGAUGACACUUUGUAUGGUGCUGAUAAUGACAGGCACUAUAUUUGGAAGUUAUCAAAAAAUGCCAAAUAUGCAACAAUUGUCGCUGGAGUUUAUGAAUCAACAGGAUCUGAUAGUGUCAAACUACAGUAUCCCGAAGAUGUUUAUGUUGAUCGAUAUGGGAGUAUAUAUGUGCUCGAUAGUAACAAUCAUCGCGUACAAAAAUUCAUUAAUGGAACAAUACAUGGACAAACUAUUGCAGGUUUAGCUGAACCAGGUGGAUGUUCUUUAAACCGGUUAUAUUAUCCUCGAGGUUUAGCUUUUGAUCCAACAGAUACAUUCAUGUAUAUUGCUGAUCGUAGCUGUCAUCGAAUAAUACGUUUUUUGACGAAUUCAACUUUAGGUACUAAUGGAGUUGUUGUAGCUGGAACUGGAAGUCAAGCCGAUACAAACAAAGCAUUGAGUGGACCCUGGGGUAUUUGGUAUUCAUCAUCGAAACAUAAUGAUUUACUUAUCGGAAACUAUGAUGGACAUUCAGUAAUACGUUGGACUCCUGGUGCUACCUCAGGUACGUUUGUAGCCGGUUUGCCUGGUAUUGCGUGUUCUAACUCUACUUGCUUUUCCCGGCCCGCGGAUGUUAAAAAUGAUGCUGAUCUGAAUAUGUAUGUUGUUGACACGGAGAAUCAUCGAGUGCAAAUGUUUUGUAAAAACAGUGAUGUAGGUGUGACUAUUGUUGGAAAUGGUGUUGCCGGUGCUAGUUCAACACAGUUAGAUAGUCCACGUGGUAUGGCAUUCGAUUCGGAAAUGAAUAUGUAUGUUUGUGAUACAGGUAACAAGCGUGUGCAGAAGUUUCUCAAACUUUGA